UUUUUUUUUUAAAUUUUUUUACAUCCGGACACAUUUUGGACACGCUAUAGACACGUUUGGGACACGCUCGGGGGCAAUUUCACAAUUUACUGAAUUUUUUUGGGGUCGAUUUGAAAAUAAGCUAAAACAGAUCAAAUUUGCCCUAAUCUACCAUUCGCCCUAAUCUGCUUCGAAUUGACUUUCAAAUAGAAGAUAGGGUGAGAAAGAGAGAAAGAGAGAGGACCUGACUUCGUCGUUCGUCUUCUCUCGUCGAUCGUUGCUCCUCGUCGGCCGUCUGUCGUCGAUCGUCUGUCAUCGGUCUUCGAUCUUCUUUGUUCGAUCUGCGAUCUUCAAUCGCUUUUCUGCUUCGUUAAGGGACCAAUUAUUAAUUCUGAAACAAUGGCUACGGGUGGUAGUUCUAAUGAUAUACCUGAUGAUGAUUUUGAUGAGAAUAAACCAUUGUGGAAGUAUAUAACUAAAUUAGCAAAACCUGGGGAAGGAGGAGGAAAUUGCCAAUUACAAUGUAAAUUUUGUAAUGAUACUUUCAAAGGUUCAUAUACAAGAGUAAGGGCACACUUGUUAAAACUCCCAGGAAAGGGAAUUGGUGCUUGUAAGAAGUGACAAGUCAAAAACUUUCACAACUGCAAAAUGAGAAUGAUGCUGCUGAGUUGAGAAUUAAAAAUGCUCUUCCCAAAAAUGUACCAUUGCCUCCUUCCACUGUAUUAGUGGGUAGUAGUUAUGCUUAUGAAUCAAAGAAGAGAAGAACAUGUGAGAGUGGGAGUGGGAGUGGGAGUGAGAGUGCUAUUGAGAAAGCAUUCAACUUGAAGGAUAGAGAGCAAUUGCAUUUUGAAAUUGCUAGGAUGUUCUACUCGGGGGGUACCUUUUAAUCUUGCAAGAAAUCCUUACUAUGUUAACUCUUACACAUUUGCUGCAAAUCAUUAUAUUCCUGGAUAUUUGCCUCCCGGUUAUAAUUUGUUACGAACCACAUUACUUGAAAAAGAGAGGGCAAAUAUUGAUAAAUUGUUGCAACCAAUUAGGGGCACAUGGAAGGAAAAAGGGGUGAGCAUUGUUAGUGAUGGUUGGAGUGAUUCUCAAAGGAGGCCUUUGAUUAAUUUUAUGGCAGUGAGUGAAAGUGGGCCUAUGUUCAUUAAAGCAGUUGAUUGUUCUGGAGAAACUAAAGACAAAUAUUUCAUUACAAAUUUGAUGAAAGAAGUGAUUAAUGAGGCUGGGCCAAGUAAUGUGGUUCAAGUCAUCACGGAUAAUGCUCCUAAUUGUAAGGCAGCCGGACAACUCAUUGAAGCUCAAUUCCCUCAUAUUCUAUGGACUCCUUGUGUGGUGCACACAUUAAAUCUAGCUUUGAAAAAUAUUUGUGCCGCAAAGAAUAUUGAGAGGAAUGAAGUCACAUAUGAAGAAUGUCGUUGGAUUAGUGAUAUUGCCGGAGAUGGUUUGAUGAUUAAGAAUUUUAUCUCUAAUCACUCAAUGCGAUUGGCUAUGUACAAUGAAUUUGUGUCAUUGAAGUUGCUUUCGGAUGCCGAAACACGAUUUGCCUCCACAAUUGUUAUGCUCAAGAGGUUAAAGCUUUAAAAACGUGGUCUUCAAGCAAUGGUAAUUAGUGACAAGUGGAAUUGCUAUAGAGAGGAUGAUGUUGGGAAGGCAAAAUUUGUGAAAGAAAAGAUUUUGGAUGAUGUGUGGUGGGAUUACAUUGAUUAUAUUCUUUCCUUCACGGGUCCUAUAUAUGACAUGCUUAGGGCUUGUGAUACGGACAAACCUUGCCUUCACUUAGUAUAUGAUAUGUGGGAUUCAAUGAUAGAGAAAGUGAAGAUGUCAAUUUAUAGGCAUGAAGGGAAAAGAAUAGAUGAGGAAUCUACAUUUUACAAUGUGGUGCAUCAAAUUCUCGUGGAUCGUUGGAAUAAAAACAAUACUCCUCUCCAUUGUAUGGCACAUUCAUUGAAUCCAAAGUAUUAUAGUGAUGAGUGGCUCCAUGAGGAUCAAAAUAGAGUUCCUCCACAUAGGGAUGAGGAGGUGACACGUGAGAGGAACAAGUGUUUUAAGAGGUAUUUUGAAGAUAUCACGGAGCGAACCAAAGUGAUAACUGAGUUUGGAAAAUUUUCGGGUUAUGUUGAAGCAUUCUCAGAGUAUGAUUCCAUUCAUAAUAGGUGGCACAUGGAUCCUUAUACUUGGUGGUGUGCAUAUGGUGCAUAUGCACCAUCUCUUCAAAAACUAGCUUUGAGAUUGCUUGUGCAACCUGCCUCUUCAUCUUGUUGUGAGAGAAAUUAGAGUACUUACUCCUUUAUUCACUCAGUGAGAAGGAACAAGAUGGUCCCUCAACGUGCGGAGGAUUUGGUGUUCAUUCAUAGCAAUCUUCGUCUUUUAUCAAGGAGGAGCUCCCAAUACUUGCAAGGAGAGACAAAAAUGUGGGACAUUGCCGGAGAUAACUUUGACUCACUUGAUGAUAUUGGAAUGCUUGGGAUAGCUAACCUCUCACUUGAUGAACCAGCUAUGGAGGCGGUCCUAUUUACAGAUGAAGGAGAAGAUGGAGGCGGUGAUGAAGAUGUUAUAAUAGUUUCCUCUACUUAGGUUGAUAUUUAUGGAUUUUGUAAUAGUUGUUGGUACAUUGGAUAAUUUUAUAUUUUGUGGUUUGAUUUUCAUGUAUUUUGUAACAAAUGAUGGUUGGUAGCUUCGAAUGACAUGUUAUGUAUUGAUGGAAUGCUAUUUUAUGUUAAUUGUGAACGAUAUAUAUGAUGUUAAAUCAAUUAAAUGUUUAUUUUUUAUAAUUUUAAUAGUGUUAUUUUGUGUAUUUUAUUACCUUUAUUUGAUUUUUUUUAAUAAUUUUAUGACAUAUAAUAAAUAAAAUUAAUUAUAUAUAUUGAACGUGUCCCCGGCGUGUCGUGUCCUCUAUUUUUUGAAAAUUUGCGUUUUUGCGUGUCCGUGUCGUGUCGCGUGUCCGUGUCCGUGUCCGUGCUUCAUAGGUAAUAAUUUCCUUCUGAGGUGGUCCACUUAUCCUGAUGAGCUGAGCUGACCCUUUUUCUUCUCU